AUGAUCGACACAUUGAUUACAUGGAUACCCUGUAUAUUUAUAUUGCUAUACAUACCAUACCUAUGUUGGCAAUGCUGUAAUUCUUGUAGAAAUAUUAUUCAAUGGAACUGUUAUAAUACCAGUCGGUUAGCUAUAGUCCUAGUGAGCACAUGUAUUGCCCUAUCGGAGCUCAUAUUAAGUUUGUGCCGGAAAUAUCAAUGGGAUGACAGUCCCACCAUUGCUUACAUACUGUCCACUGCUGUUACAACCGUCAGCCGACUUAUAAUAUGUCUGAUAUUUUAUUAUCAACGUCUCUACGGUAUUGUAAGCAGCGGUGGUUUGAUUUGGCUGUACCUACUAUUGGACACUAUUUUAGGCGCUCUAUCGGUGGCCACUGUCUGUAAAGACAAUGUUGGUGUUGUUGGUGUCGACACCAAACACGACUUGUGUCCCAAAGAUAGGACAUCGUUUCCUUUGAAAGUCACCUAUCAAUGGCUGAACAGUCUAUUGUUGAAGGGCUGGAAAAAGACACUUAUAUUUGAUGAUCUGUGGGCUCUGAGACCUAUUGACACCACUUUUGUAAACUUUAAACUAUUUAGCAAACAUUGGCUUCAAUUAGAUACUACAGUAUUGGAUAGUAAUAGUAAUGAUAUUAGGUUUAAAAGUAUUUACGAUAAAAAUCCAAACUUAGCUUUACGUAUGCGAUCGUGUCUAAUAUCGGCCAUAUAUCGCAAAUCAUUGGUACUGAGCAACGGUGCCAAACGGCAAACACCUAACGGAGAAAUUAUUAAUCUGAUGGCCAUUGAUUGCCAACGAAUUAAUGAUAAUCUUCAUGCCAUUGUAGCACUGAUAACCGCUCCCAUUCAGAUUGCCUUAACAUUGUAUUUACUAUACGUACAAUUGGGUGUCACAGCGUUUAUCGACCCUAACGAGCCUCAAUGGCACGGCUAUGUAUACACUAUACUAUUAGUGACUGUAAAUGUUUUAGUGGCCAUUGUAUUGGCUAAUUAUAAUGAACAUAUUGGCAGUAUUGGUUUACGUAUGCGAUCGUGUCUAAUAUCGGCCAUAUAUCGCAAAUCAUUGGUACUGAGCAACGGUGCCAAACGGCAAACACCUAACGGAGAAAUUAUUAAUCUAAUGGCCAUUGAUUGCCAACGAAUUAGUGAUAAUCUCCAUUACCUGAUAGCACUGUUGUCCGCUCCCAUACAGAUUGCCAUAACAUUGUAUUUAUUAUACGUGCAAUUGGGUGUCACAGCGUUUAUCGGUUUGGCCGUUAUAGUGGUCACACUAGUCAUCAAUACAAUUGCACUGUAUUUUUGUAAACUAAAUCAAAGCCAACAAAUGAAAAUUAAAGACAAAAGAAUUAAUUUAAUGAACCAAAUAUUCAACGGAAUCAAAGUGUUAAAACUGUACGCCUGGGAGAAGGCGUUCAUGGGCUGCAUAACCAAAAUCCGCCGAAAAGAGUUACGAAAAUUACAAACAAUGGGUUAUCUAAUAGUCAUAUUCAUAGCCCUGUCGUUCAGCUGUCCAUUGGUUGUCCAGUUUAUUACUUACAGUGUCUAUGAAGUCAUCAAUAGUGAUACCGGCAAACAAUUGAGUGCCCAAAAAAUAUUUGUUUCGUUAUCGUUGUUUAAUUUUUUACUAAAAAAUAUUAACAUGACAGUCGAGGACGGCAUGUUUGUGGCCAUUGUCGGCAAUGUCGGUUCCGGUAAGAGUUCAUUGAUAUCGGCCCUAUUUGGUGAUAUGGAUCUAAUUGAUGGUACCGUAAAUAUUAGGCCAGAUAUAAGCAUAGCAUACGUUCCCCAACAGUCAUGGAUUCAGAAUACGACACUCAAACAGAAUAUUCUGUUUGGAAAACAGUUGAAUACUAAACUUUAUAAUAGAGUUAUAGAUAACUGUGCGCUCAAACAGGAUUUACAACAAUUGCCCGGUGCCGAUGAAACAGAGAUCGGCGAAAAAGGUAUCAAUUUGAGUGGCGGUCAAAAACAAAGAGUAAGUUUGGCCCGAGCCGUAUAUUCCGGUGCCGAUCUAUACUUAUUAGACGACCCGUUAUCAGCAGUGGACAGUCAUGUGGGUAAACACAUUGUAGAUCAAGUACUCGAUUCGCGAACUGGUAUUUUGCGGCACAAAACUCGUAUUUUGGUAACAAAUCAACUAUUUAUGUUACCCAAUGUCGACCGCAUAGUUGUUAUCAAAGACGGAUCAAUCACUGCAAUUGGCACUUACAAUGAAUUGUUGGCAAAUAAUAGAUAUUUUUCCGAUUUAAUACAACAAUAUUAUGCUACUAAUUGUGAUAGUGUUGAUAGCAAUUUAAAUUCAAAUAGCAGUAGUAAUAGUAUCUAUAUUAAAUACGCCAAAUAUGUUGGACACUAUACGUUGGGUAUCCUAAUCACCGGUAUUAUCACAAACAUACUCAUGUAUGGCUCAAGUUUUUGGCUGUCCCUUUGGAGCAAUAAUCUUAUUGGCGACAAUAAUGAUAAUAAUAAUAAUAAUAACUAUUAUUAUGUUGGUAUAUAUGGCAUCAUUAUAUUGUUUACAACAAUAUUUUUGUCAAUUAGCAAACUGUUAUUAGUUAUCGGUUGUCAAAUGGCUUCACGAAAUUUGCACACAAAAUUGUUGUCGACAGUAAUGCACGCGCCUAUGAAAUAUUUUGAUACGACACCAAUGGGCCGUUUGAUGAAUCGGUUUGGCAACGAUAUAGAUGUUUUGGAUAUAGGACUAAUUAUUUACAUUAAAACUUCUAGACAACUAAAACGAUUAGAGUCGUUAACCCGAUCGCCAAUAUAUUCGCAUUUUAGCGAAACACUAAACGGUAUGUCCAGUAUUAGAGCGUAUGGUUACGGCCAACAGUUUAUCGGUGAAUCCGAUCAUCGAGUGGAUACCAAUCAGAUGUGUUUCUAUCCUAAUAUUGUGGCCAACAGUUGGCUACAGAUAUGGUUGACAACAUUAAGCAAUUGUCUAAUACUUUUUGCCGCACUGUUUUCUAUACUAUCAAAGGGACGGCUGACCGGCGGCCAAAUAGGACUGUCCCUGUCGUACGCCUUGACAUUAACAGGAAAUCUAAACGGUUUGAUUAUGACAUUCUCAAUGUUAGAAAAUAAUAUGGUUUCAAUCGAAAGAAUCGAUGAAUACUGUUCUCUAGAACCGGAAGCUGAUUGGCAGUCAAACCAAAAACUACCCGAAGACUGGCCAGAGAAUGGAAACAUGCAUUUCGAUGGAUACGGUACUCGAUAUCGGGAAGGAUUGGAUUUAGUACUCAAUAAUAUUGAUGUCAAUAUAAACUCCGGCGAAAAGAUAGGAAUAGUUGGCCGAACCGGUGCCGGAAAGUCGUCACUAACUUUGGCACUGUUUCGACUCAUUGAGCCAGCAAUGGGUCGCAUUGUUAUUGAUGGCAUAGAUAUCAGUAAACUCGGUCUCCAUGAGUUGAGAUCACGGUUGACAAUCAUACCACAAGAACCGAUACUCUUUUCGGGAACCAUUCGCUCCAAUUUGGAUCCGUUCGACAAAUUUUCUGAUGAAGAAUUGUGGACAGUGUUAGAACACUCACAUCUCAAAGAGUUUGUUAUUUCAAGCGGAUCGGGACUCGACUAUUCGGUAGCCGAAUCGGGUGAUAACCUAAGUGUCGGUCAGCGACAACUUAUAUGUCUGGCUCGGGCUCUGCUCCGCAACACUCGCGUCCUUAUCCUCGAUGAGGCCACGGCUGCCGUCGAUGUCGAAACUGAUGCACUUAUACAGCAAACCAUUAAACAAGAGUUCAAGUCCUCUACUAUCUUAACAAUUGCUCACCGAAUCAAUACAAUUAUGGACUAUAAUCGUGUGUUAGUACUAAACAAUGGACGGGUAGCCGAGUUUGCCGAACCCGAUGCUCUACUCAAUGAUCGGACAACAAUUUUCUAUUCAUUGGCCAAAGAUGCCGGUGUUAUAUAG